AUUACAAUCGCGGCGGUGUGAUUCGAUACAGAUUCGAAUACAUGCUGUAAUUAUUCAACCAGUGAGUACAGCAGGACGGGAAUUCUGGAACUUGUUGCUGUCACGGGGCGGGCCUUGUAGAUGUUGUGUGCUUAGUCGGGGGUGUAACACAGGGGGAGGAAAAUCGGGUAAAGGAGUGGGAGCCCCGACGCGAGGCGCUCCGAGAGAUGAGGUUGCCUUUUUUCCCUUCUGAUCUUCCUCUUUUUUAUUACUAAAUAACAGAUUGAAGUUUCGCUUCAGAGCCACGCGGACACUGCGUUUCUGCUUGAGGAAGAAUUUAAAGCUCUUGGAGUGAAUGCACGCUUUCCUGGUUUGUUUGUUUGUGACCGAGAGUGUCAGCAAAGAGGGAAAAGAAGGUUAACCUGGGAAGAAGGGAUGGUGGACAAUUCUGGUAGCAGCAAGGCACAAAUGCCGAGCCUGUCCCAGGAGGGUGGCCUGGGAGGCGGGAUUCCCCAGGGAGUUUCGGCGGGAGUGAAGCUGGAGGCCGUGAUGGAGCAGCUCCAGAGGCAGCAGCAGGCCCGCCUGGAGAUGGAGAGGAAGGAGCGGCACCUGCGCGAGGCGCGCAUCAUGUACAGCCAGCAGGUGGCGGCCCAACAGGCCAUCCUGGCCGCCGCCCGGGCCUCGGGGGCCCCGCUGGGGGCCGGAUUUCUGGGCAAGGCCCUGGGCGUGGCGGCUGGCGGAGGAGGCGGGCCCCUGGCCAGGGCGACCAAUCAGAGCAGCGUGGAUUCCGAACGCGAGGACGAGGAGGACAGGGGCCGGGACUCUGAGGAAGAGGAGGACGAGGGGGAAGAGCGGAUGAUGAUGGAGGGAGAGGAGGGCAGCGAGGAGGACGAGGAAGGAGGGGGAGAAGGAGGAGUAGGUGGGGGGGGACUGGAGUACCUCCGCAAACAGACCCUGGCGCUACAGCAGGGCGUGGCGCGCCUGCCCCACCGCCCCUUCCUGCCCUUUUCCUCCGCCUCGUCGGGCCCCGCCCCCCCGCGGGCCCCCUCGCCGCCCGUCAGAGUGAAGCAGGAGCCGAAGGAGGAGGAGGAGGAGAACCGGUCCCCCGCGGGACACCCCUCCUCCUCGUCCCCCAACGGGCAGGCGGACUGGAGCUACGACGAGUCGUUCAAACAGAAUGGAAAUGCCUCCUGGACUGACGAAGCUGAUGGAGGGAGAGGAAGAGGCGAGGCGUCCAGAGACUUCGCCAAGCUGUACGAGUUGGACCAUGACCCAAACCGGAAAGAGUUCCUGGAUGACCUGUUCACCUACAUGCAGAAACGAGGGACUCCAGUGAAUAGGAUCCCCAUCAUGGCCAAGCAGGUGCUGGACCUGUACAUGCUGUAUAAGUUGGUGACGGAGAAGGGAGGGCUGGUGGAGGUCAUCAACAAGAAGAUCUGGAGGGAGAUCACCAAGGGCCUGAACCUGCCCACCUCCAUCACCAGCGCCGCCUUCACCCUCCGCACUCAGUAUAUGAAGUACCUGUACCCGUACGAGUGCGAGCGGAUGGGGCUGAGCUCUCCCGGCGAGCUGCAGGCCGCCAUCGACAGCAACCGGCGGGAGGGCCGCCGGCCCAGCUACAGCGCCAGCCUGUUCCGCUUCUCGCCGUCCCCCGGCGCCGCGCCCCACAUCCUCUCGCCCCCGAAAAUGCCCCUCGCCUCCCUGGGCACGGGGGUCACGGGGGGCCACAACGGCCUGCGGGCCUCGCCCGGGCCGUCUCUGAAGAAAGCCGCCGAGGAGAGCACCCCCUCCCGGCUGCACGGCAGGCUGCCGAGCAGGCUGCCCAUGGCGCUGGCGCUGGGUCACCAGCAGGUGGCGGGCCUGGCACGGGCGGCCACGCUGGAGCAGCUGCGGGAGAAGCUGGAGACGGGCGUGGGCGACGGGCCGGAGAGGAAGAUGGCGCGGCUGGCGGAGGAGCAGCAGCGGCUCAUGCAGCAGGCCUUCCAUCAGAACCUGCUGGCCAUGGCGUCCCAGGUCCCCACAAACCUGCGCCUCAACAGCAGCCGCGAAGACAAACAGGACCUGGCCCUUACCAUCUCCACUAGCGGAGCCACCAGUAUCAGCGUGUCAGUGGAGGUCAACGGCAUUCUCUACUCAGGAAUGCUGUAUGCCCAGAAGUCUGGUCCACCAGCCACAGUGGCUGCAACCAUUUCCGCAUCUGCCACAGUGCCCCCUGCUGGCCCCAGCGGGGGGUUUGGUAUCCUCUCCUCCACUCACAGCCCGAGCCCCCCCUCCUCUUCCUCCAAGGGCCCCAGUUCUGCCGAGCCCUCCACCAGCAGCUCACCUUAGCCCUAGCCACGGACAGCACCCACACCCCAGGCUUUUCCGCAACCCGCAGGCCCCAGCAGGGAUACAGUACCUCAAGCCGAUCAGCUUGAUCGGUGGAAACAGAGCAAACUGUUGCACAACAAGUACCUCAGCACUCCUGUUAACCUUGGCUGUCCACACAUGCAAAAGCAUGGUCUAAAGUAAAACUAUUCAUGUGUACACACACACAUACAUGCACAGACACACGUACAUACACACACAACACACAGGAAAUAGUUCAACACAUCAAAAAUGUACAGCCAAAACCCUCAGACAGGUGUUCACAACUGAACUUGAACAUUUUUAUUUUGAAUUUUACCUUUGUUUUAUUGCCAUGUGUUGUCUUUUGAAUUACGUUUAGUAUAAUUCUCUUUUCUCUUUUUACAUACCUCAAAAUCAAGUAAUCUGCAGUGGUUUAAUCAUCCAAGAAUCUUUACCUCAAAAGCUGUAGUAUACUUUAGAUGAAUGAACUUUAUUUUUUUAUAUUUUGUUCAAAUCUGAGGAACCUUUGAUUUGUGCUACGUUCUCCUAAUGGGGAUCUUUCACGGAAUGUUUUGCCGUGGUGGCGGACAGCUGUCAUAAUUCAAUCAGAUAGUGUGCUGUGAAAGCUACGUUCUCUGUCUAACGUUUUGAACAACCAUUUUAUAUCGCACGUCUUUUAGCUUCUCUUCCACGAAUGUCAGGAGGGAUUCGUAGUAUCUUCAUAAAUAGGUUUAUUGAAUUUCUGGACUUCUGGAGGGAGAGAAUGAUUAGAUGUGAGUUCUAUGCAAAAGCAAGCAUUCUUCUGGUUUGAACAGUAUGGAGAAAUUGGGAGGAGAAAACAGACUUGGGCUUGUGCACGGUUGGGGUUCACUGUCACCACCUCAGCCUUCACCUGUGCAACCAGGGUCCUCAUCACUCCCAUAGCAACUGUCAAUCAAUACAAAGUGGUGGGGGGCACCAUAAUUCAAGCUUCCCAGUACAUUGUGCAUUGGGUUGAAUGUUACAGUUUUGAUUCCCCCUAGGACAAGGAGAAAAGCCCUGGAAAAAAAUCCAACAAAAAACCAAACAAAGCCACAAGAAGGAUAUUUUUCUUGCCAAUACAGCAGGACCAGACGUUUUGUAAAACACAGUUUGUAUUUCAUACCUCACAUUUGCCUUUCCAUAUUGGAGAGCAUCCUUCUCAGGAAUUACAGAGGGGUCCCCUGUGGACUCCUUUCAUUAAAAACAGGACUUCAUACCAAAAAAAAAUGCACAAAUCUGCAAGACCGUUCAAAGACAUACCUCAAGACUCUCACGGAGAACUACACUGCAUACCUCGUGCGGUCAAGCGGACGUGACGCACCCUCCUCAUUUUGAAACCAGGUGCGGUCAGCGGUUCGAAGAGUGCCGGCAAAUCAGGAACACUGGACUCCGGACAGAAUCCAACUUUAAAACAACUACGCUGUGUCUUUCACCAAUGCCAAGCCCAACCGUUGGAAUCGCUUCUCUUUCCCAGCUCUCACCAAGUGUUCAUCAUUUAAAAUGUAAAAUGGACUGCCGGCCGGGUAGAAUGGGGAGGGCAGUAUUUUACACACAGCCCUCCCUCCUGAAUGUUCGUCUCUGAUUAUUGCACAGCUGGAUACCAAAGACUGCCCCAGUCGUGUCCCUCGGUUUCUAAAGCGUAUUCAUGCCUGUUGUCUUUCAUUCAGGUUGGAACUGAAGCAAGUGCAAACAUUGUCUGACACUGACAGCCAUGCCUGUCGCCUUGCAUAACGACCCUACUCUCCAUUUAAUAGGUCUACAGUUGAGGCCAAAAGCUUACAUACACCAAGGCUAAAGAGAUUCAAACUGAAUUUUUCACAAUUCCAUGUUACUGUACAUUUCCUGUGUUAAAUCAAUUAGGGUAUCUACUUUAUUUCCAUAAGAGGUCAUUUCAAAAUGAUAACUAAGAGACAUUUAUUUCAGCUUUUAUGAACUAUAUCAGAUUUUCAGUGGGUCAGAAGUUUACAUACACUUUGUUAGUAUUUGGUGACAUUGCCUUUUAAUUGCUUAACUUGAAUCAAAUGCUUGUGGUAGCCUUCCACAAGCUUCUCACAAUACUUUGCUUUUGCCCAUUACUCCUGACAGAACUGGUGUAACUCAGUCAGGUUUGUGGGCCUCCUUGCUCGGAUACGCUUUUUCAGUUCAGUCCACAGAGAGCUUUGUGAUGGCCACUCCAAUACUUUCACUUUGUUGUCUUUAAGCCAUUUUGUUGCAACUUUGGAGGUAUGCUCAGGAUCAUUGUCCUGCUAGAAGACCCAGUUGCGACUUUCUAGCUGAUGUCCUGAAGUGUUGCUUCAGUAUUUGUAGAUAAUCCUCCUUCCUCAUGAUGCCAUCUAUUUUCUGAAGUGUACCAGUCCCUUUUCCAGCAAAACACCCCCACACCAUGAUGCUGCCAUGCAACAUGCAACAUGCUUCACAGUUGAGAUGGUGUUCUUCGGAUGAAAAGCCUCACCCUUUUUCCUCCAUACAUAGCGCUGAUCAUUAUGACCAAACAGUUCAAUUUUAGUUUGAUCUGACCAGAGAAUACUCCUCCAAAAGGCUAGGUCUUCAUCCUGGUGAUCACCUGAAAGCUUCAUUCUGGCUUUUUUAUGCCGGUCUUGGAGUAGGGGCUUCUUCCUUGCGCAACAGCCAUUCAGGCUAUGGCGAUAUAGGAUUCUCUUAAUGGUGGAUGUAGAUACUUUGGUAUUUGAUGCCUCCAACUCCUUCAUCAGUUCCUUUGUUGUUGUCUUGGGGUUCAGUCGAACCUUUCGGACCAAAUUUCGUUCAGCCGUGGGACUUAAUUUGUGCCAUCUUCCUGAACGAUGCAGUGUCUGUAUGGUCCCAAGAGUUUUAUAUUUGCAUACAAUUAUUUGUACAGAUGCUCGUGGUACCUUCAGUUGUUUGGAAAUUGCUCCUAAAGAGCAACCGGACUUGUGGAGGUCCACAAUUUUUUUCUGAGGUUUCUUCAGUUUCUUGGAUUUUCCGAUGGUAUCAAGGGCAAAAAAGCAGUGGCUCUAAAGGUAGGCCCUUUCAUACAGCCACAGGUGCCAGUUAACUCCUAAUUGUGACAGUUGGCCAAUCAGAAGCUUCUAAAAAGUCAUUACAUCAGUUUCUUGAAUCUUCCAGACUGUUUAAAGAGUCAGUCAACUUGGUGUAUGAUCCACUGGAUCCACUGGAAUUCUGAUAUAGUGAAUUAAAGCUGAAAUAAAUCUGUCUCUAAUCGAUUGUUUUAAAAUGACCUCUGAUGUGAACAAAGUAGAUUCCCUAAUUGACUUGCCAAAAGAAAUGUAUGGUUACAUGAAAUGUGCGGAGUUGUGAAAAACUAAGUUAGAAUAUCUUUAGUCUAGGUGUAUGGAAACCUUUGGGCUCAACUGUAUGUGCUGCGUAUGAUGUUUGAGUCUGAUUGGGUCAAGCUACUCAUGUCGAUGUGUGUUUGGGUUUUUCAGAACUACUGACGGCCGCAUCAGAACUGGUCUGCCUUUUUUUAAACAGUGUCCUGAAAUUCAUGGUUUAAGACCCCCUCUCGCUUUUUGUAGCCGUGUCCUCACAAUGCACGGUCUUCGCACGGUUUAACUGCGUAAGACCAUGCUUACAUAGCCACCUUCCCAGAUGUCGUGAUCCUGGUGCGCUUUAACCGAAAGCCUGGAACUCCCCCCCCCACCAAAGCUUGGCCUGACGGAUGAGUCACACAACCAUGCUGGCGUAGCUGUACCCUCUGGCAGACCAUGUGAGGUUCGGCAGGGCCGAAGGGGGGGUUUGCCAGCUCGUUCAUGGCCUCGUGUUCCUCAGAUCUUUCGCCCACGUUUAUGCUUAUUAGUGUGCUUCUGUUCUGGCUCGUGGGAAUUAUUGAAGGAAGAGAAUUUUCUUUCUGGUUUCAUGCAUGUUUCCCUCCCAGCAUGGAUGCCUGCCUGCUUUAGCUUCUGUUUUCCCUGUUUUGUCUCAGUUUAAUGGGCCAGUUGAGUGGUGAUAGUGAUAGUACACUGUCGAACCUGUCAUAUCGCUAACUGGCUCUUUCUUCAAAGAUGAUUUUGAAGAUGGAAGAUGCCAUAUUUCAUGUAGAUGUUGGAGGAAGUGUAGUCGAUACCUUAAAUAUUUUUACUACUGACCAAUGCUAGUGCUUUUGCAAGGUUUUUGUGCAAGCUUAACAGUUUAAAGAUUAAAUUAGAGGUUUCACAAAAGAAAACCAAACAAUCACAUGACAUUUAAUGCAGAUUUCAAGACUGAUUUUCUUCCCCUUUUAAUGAUGGAUUUUCCAAGAAACUGAAGUGAUACUAAAGAAAUUAGUUGUUGAUGAAACAGAAACCUUUUAAAUCACGAUCACUUAAGCUAAGACAUGACUUGUCUCCCGUCCUUAUUGCUCUGUGUGUGUGUGUGUGUGUGUGCAUGCAUGCCUUCGUGAGAACAAGCUUGUACGUGUAUAAACGUGUGGGUGUGUGUGGAGGUGAGACAAAGAGCAUCAAUCUCAAUAAACUAAAUCCCACCAUGGAAACCCAGGUAUAAACUCAGGGACAAAAAUCAAACACAAAUGUAUUAAUUUGCAUGUUCAGCAUUUGAGUGAAGGCAGUUUGUCAUUGUGUGUUUGUGGCAUAUUUUAUCAGUGUUGGGUGGAGUUAUGGCCCUGUUCUACCAGGGCCAUAACUGCAAGUGUGCGUAUGGGUAUGUGUAGCUGUCUUUCUGACAGUGAUGAGGAAGUGAGUGGUGGAUGAGUGGAGGGAAAUGAAGUCAUGAAAAAGACUUAUUCAUUUCGGAAUCAUACAAUGAACUGAAUUUCUUGAAACACCACCACAGUGCUUGAAAUGGGUUGUAACAGUGGUUACAGAAAUGUGUCACUAAGAAUGUGAAAAUCAAUGAAUAGAAGAGCGUUGAUAGCUGCCUCAAACGGUGCAUUGAGUCUGACUCUUCAAUGUGAAUAAUUUGGUUUCAGGCACAGAAAAUAGCCUUUGAGUUGGUGGUCCUUAAUCGUAACAUUUUCAGAGAAUGCUCCGGUUCCUUAAAAUUCCAAGACCUUUGUAACACUGGUCCAUAAAUAGAGGGACACCACUGGCGGAAGAGCCAAUCAGAAGUCUGACACAUACUACCUCAAGUCUACGGCGCUCUUUCGUUUCACCUCGUGUUCUGCCCGUUCAAUGAAGGGCUACCUUUGCAAUUAUUGGAUAAACCAAUGUAUCUAAUGCUGGAUUGGUCCGAGUGGUUAGUUGAAUGUAUGUGGAGGAGAGGGUUGACAUCUGCUAGAGGUCUAUUGAUAAUGUGUAGACAUCUCCAUAAAAGAUGCUUCACAGAUGGGCUGUAGUGUCAUGCCUUUCAGGGACAUCAUUGGCUCUCUGUGUUCCUCUGCUGCCCCAAAUUCAGACUGUGCAAAGCAGCAAGAGGAGACGGGCACUUAAAAUGGGUUAGGCUUCAUUUUUCUUUGUAUAAUUUUAAACAAAGGGUCAGGGAAACUAUUCUUGAUAUUGCCAAGGAAGGGCAAAACAUUGUUUUUCCUGGUCAUAUAAUUGUAAAUGAAAAAUAAUUUUUAACUACGAAUCCAUUUGAAGUAUCUCCCUCCCAUUCCUCCUACGAAGAUAUUAUUUAAUUGGGGACGGAGCGAGUUCCUGUUUCCUGCUUGGUUGCAACAAGGCAUAUUUAUUCAUUUGCCGGACCCACUGUACCUAGACACCUCAGGGCAGAGGAUUACUAUCACUAUUCGUAUUGAUGGUGACAGACGGGGGAAUGUGUGUUUUAAAGAAACCUCUUGUGUGUACAGUGACCUGCACACACACAAAUCCUCCAACGCAAGGUCAUAGUGACCUGCUGGACGCUAGGGUUUAGGCAUUUUUGUUUAUUUGUCGCUUUGCUUUUUGUAUUCUGUAUUUGGCAAGUUACCAUUUCUCAGGAAACGGAGAUGUUGAUACUCUGUGGAACAUGGUCUCUGGCUGGCUUGGAUUUUGUUGUUUAAAAAAUUUCAAUUGAACCUGGUCUGUUUAUUACAGUUGCAUAUGCAAGUGGUUAUUGAAUACCUCAUUUAUCAAGCUUUUUGUUUUGACUCAAAAUUGUACAAUGCUCCAGUAUAAAAUCAAUCUGUGGGGUUUGUGCAUAUUUUUGUAUUGUUAUUAACAACAAUAAUAAAAUAUUGAUAUUA